GUUUACGGCCCGGCGAACGAAGGCGACGAUCCGAAGACAGCGACACCGGGGAGGUCGUUACAGUAAUGCGCACUUCGCUUUCCAAGAGUGAAUUCGCGAGUGCCCUCGGCAUGCGGUCCGACGCGGUCUUCGUGAAGAAAAUGUUCAACAUCGUCGACAAGGACGGCGACGGCCGGAUCUCCUUUCAGGAAUUCUUGGACACGGUCUUGUUAUUUUCACGUGGCAAAACCGAGGAUAAGCUGCGCAUUAUCUUCGACAUGUGCGAUAAGGACAGCAACGGCGUGAUCGACAAGGAGGAGCUGUCGGAGAUGCUGAGGUCGCUCGUGGAAAUAGCACGUACCACGAGUCUCUCGGACGAUCACGUCACGGAAUUGAUCGACGGCAUGUUCCAGGACGCCGGUCUCGAGAGAAAGGACUAUCUCACGUACAACGAUUUCAAAUUAAUGAUGAAGGAAUACAAGGGCGACUUCGUCGCGAUCGGUCUCGAUUGCAAGGGCGCCAAGCAAAAUUUUCUGGACACGUCGACGAAUGUCGCUCGCAUGACCAGCUUUCACAUCGAUCAGCUACCGCCGGAGGAUGCGAAAAGUUGGACGCGCAAGCAGUGGGACGCUAUAUCGACUUUCCUCGAGGAGAAUAGGCAGAACAUAUUUUAUCUCUUUGUCUUUUACGUGGUUACCAUAGCUCUCUUCGUGGAGAGAUUUAUUC